AUGCUGGUGACCUAUUUGGAAGCCAGCCGGGACCUUUGCGAGACGGACUCAAUUCUCUUUGGCGCCGCACUGGCAGUCUGCCGUAUUAUAGGCGCCAAACUUUCCACGGCUGGACGCACUAUUGGACAAAGUAGUGCUAUCCCAGCCUGGAGAAUAAGAAUUGAAGAACGUAUCGCAAAGGCUAGGGCCCCCAUCGGCAGACUGAUUUGCUUCAAGUCAGGCAAUACCAGGCAAAGGAUUGUGCGCACCGUCAGGAUGGCGUUUGCUGGCACAAAUGUUAGUUUGUCCCAGCCGGAUAUAAUGCAAAAACUGACGGAGCGCAUAGAUGACCUGAAGCAGAGAAUCGCUGCUUGGGGAAAGCGGAUUCGGCGAUAUAUCGAGAGGUUGACACGGUUCAAUCAGAAUCGUUUCUUCCAGAGUGAUCAGAAGAGGCUCUAUAAAUCAUUGGAGCGUCCAAUGGUAAGUGGAACGGGCCCAGUACCGAAUCAGGCCGACACGAUCGCAUUCUGGUGCAGCCUGUGGUCAGAGCCUGUAAACCACAACGACGGCCCUUGGACGGAAGUUGUGGCGAAUCAGUGUGCGGGUAUUACGCCCAUGGACCAAAGUGGUGAAACGCAACCGUCGGAACUUUUCCGCCGCCUGGAUAGAUUACAGAAAGGCAUUUGA